AUGUUCAUAGCCAUUGUUACAUUGUAUAUAUGCGCUGACGCCUCUGGAGAGCAGAUCCGCGCGUAUUCUCCUGAGGAGGUUGUCGAUACGAUACCCUCACACGUCGCGGCAGCAUGCCUUCAACAGAGCUCAUUGCUGCAACUGCUGGAUAAGGGCGAACCAUGUACCUUGUUUGAUCCUUUUUUGCACUCAACAAGUCUGUGCUUAGAAGCAGCUGCGAUGAUUUCAGGAACGCCUCCUGGGAGUCCGGCGAUGGAGUACCCUUUUACACAAUUUCCUACGCACGAUCAUAUGGAGUACUCGAGCCUAGUAGAUGAUAUCAGUGUCACUCCUCACGAGGCGUUAUCGAAUGUUACUAUUAUUGGGUCUAGUGCAGACGUCGAAGUGGUGGCUAGAGCUAAGCGGGAAGUAGAGGCGUUCCGACGGUCAUUGCCACGUCGGGUGGUGGCAACAGAGGCCCCAACGAUGACUAGCAAAUAUGGUACUAUAUCGGAGUUCCUGAGUGAUACGGUGGUAGCCUCGCGAGAAGGUAGAGCAGCAGCAGAUGAUGAUGAUGAUGCAGUUGCAGUGCCGAGGUUGGUGAUACAGCGUCGUGGAUCGCUAGUUGAGGCUGGUAUGAAUCCGCCUGGUAACUGCAUGGUUGUUACUCACAUACCUAGGCGGCCGAGGAAAGAGAAUCGGGAUAAAGUUUAUCAAGACUUCGGUAGGAUGAUUUUGUCAAAUGCUAGCAAGUGGCGCGCAGUGAUGGUCAUCGUAUCGGAAGAGGGAAAUUUCGAGAGUCAGAGCGGCUUGGAGUGGAAUCGGAUCUUCAGCGUCUCGCACGGAGGUCAGCGUUUUUCCUUCCUGCAGUGGAGUGGUAAGAAAAGGAAUAAAUGAUCGUUGCAUGCUGAUGACCUUUGUCGUUUCCGUAUGA